AUGCCGGAACACAAUGGCAGUCAUCCGACAGAGAUAGCAGAGAAUGCUGGUUUCUCUGCUCAAGAAAAGGGCAUCAAUUAUGAAGAUCAGGGGCCAAAUGCCCAAACACUACUGGAUUCGGAGACAAUCGAGCGGUUAGGGCGACAAAGUCCUCCACAUUUCUCGACCAUAUGGUCUGAAUUAACAUUCUGCUUCUCAAUAUUCAUGUGCCAGAUCCUUUCUGAAUACUACAUAUCCGGUUCCAAUGUCCUCCUUCCAACAUUGAUAAAGGAGCUGGACAUCCCUCCCAGUCAGUCAAUUUGGCCAGCCACAGCCUUGUCCCUUGUCGUCACGGCCACUCUGCUUAUCUUUGGUCGUUUGGCGGACAUGUUCGGAGGAUUCGCGUUGUACUUUGGGGGGAUGGUGUGGUUGACCAUCACCUCACUCAUUGCCGGAUUCUCCCAGAACUGGUUGAUGCUGUUUAUAUUCCGAGCACUGCAGGGGCUGGGGCUGGCAGCAUUCUUGCCGUCGAGUAUCAUGAUUCUCGGAAGAACAUACCGUCCGGGGCCUCGUAAAAAUCUCGUCUUCAGCAUCUAUGGCGCCUGUGCAGCGCUGGGGUUUUUUGUCGGUAUCUUCUUUUCCGGCAUUUGCGGUGAAUUUCUGUCAUGGUCGUGGUAUUUCUUUUUUGGUGCCAUUUUCUCUGCCAUCACGGCCGUGUCGUCUUACUUUUCGGUUCCCUCGGAUUGGACUGAGAAACGAGCAACAUCUAAGGCUAGCAUGGACUGGAUCGGAUCUGCCUUGCUCGUGCCAGGGAUGGUGCUGUUUAUUUUUUCCAUCGCGGACAGUGCCCAUGCACCCCAGGGGUGGAAGACGCCGUAUAUCAUUGUUUGUCUGAUUCUUGGUGUCCUUAUUCUGAGUGCUUUCAUAUAUGUGGAGGGAUGGGUUGUCGAGAAUCCUUUGAUACCCGGGGAUUUGUUCUCGGUCAAGUACAUGAAACCACUUAUUCUCGUUCUCCUCUGCAUGUAUGGGUGUCUUGGGAUUUAUCUUCUCUAUGCUUGCCUAUACAUGCAGGAAAUUAUGGGAGCCUCACCCCUUCAGGUCGUCGCAUGGGCAGUCCCCAUGGCAGUUGGUGGUCUCAUUCUCUCUGUUGCCGGAGGCUAUCUUCUCCACAUGCUCAACGGAACUAUCCUAAUGAUAAUAUCCGCUCUGGGUUACCUUGCAUCCGGUCUCUUAUUCGCUCUGGUUCCCCUCGGAGGAAACUACUGGGCCUUCGUAUUCCCCGCCAUGGUUGGUGGCACAAUCGGGAUCGAUAUCAGUUUCAACGUAACCAACAUCUUCAUAACCACGAACCUUUCGAAGGAAAGACAAGGGCUAGCGGGCGCCUUGAUCAAUUGCACCCUUCACUUCGGAAUUGCCAUCAUGUUGGCGUUUGCCGAUAUCGUCCAGGUUCACACUGAGGGGUACUUGAGUCUUCGGAAGAGCUACCAGUCGGCGCUUUGGUUUCAGACUGGGUUGGCUGGUUUUUCCUUGGCUGUGGUGAUUGCGUUUGUGCGGAUCAAGAGUGCGAAGAGUGAGUUGACUGUGGAUGAGAAGCUUGAGUUGGAGGCCGCUGCGAGGGAAAUUUAG